AUGCUUCGUGUGAACACGUGCCUCGGUGUGAACACAUGCCUCGGUGUGAACACGUGCCUCGGUGUGAACACGUGCCUCGGUGUGAACACGUGCCUCGGUGUGAACACGUGCCUCGGUGUGAACACAUGCCUGGGUGAGAACACCUGCCUCGGUGUGAACACAUGCCUCGGUGUGAACACGUGCCUCGGUGUGAACACAUGCCUGGGUGAGAACACCUGCCUCGGUGUGAACACAUGCCUCGGUGUGAACACGUGCCUCGGUGUGAACACAUGCCUGGGUGAGAACACCUGCCUCGGUGUGAACACAUGCCUGGGUGUGAACACAUGCCUCGGUGUGAACACAUGCCUCGGUGUGAACACAUGCCUGGGUGAGAACCCCUGCCUCGGUGUGAACACAUGCCUGGGUGUGAACACAUGCCUGGGUGUGAACACAUGUCUCGUUGUGAACACGUGCCUCGGUGUGAACACAUGCCUCGGUGUGAACACGUGCCUUAGUGUGAACACCUGCCUGGGUGUGAACACGUGCCUCGGUGAGAACAUCUGCCUGGGUGUGAAUACGUGCCUGGGUGUGAACACGUGCCUGGGUGUGAACACGUGCCUGGGUGUGAACACGUGCCUCUGUGUGAACAUGUGCCUGGGUGUGAACAUGUGCCUUGGUGUGAACACAUGCCUCGGUGUGAACACGUGCCUCAGUGCGAACACCUGCCUGGCUGAGAACACGUGCCUCAGUAAGAACAUCUGCCUCGGUGUGAACACAUUCCUGGGUGUGAACCCAUACCUGGGUGUGAACAAAUGCCUCGGUGUGAACACAUGCCUCUGUGUGAACACGUGCCUCAGUGUGAACACGUGCCUGGGUGUGAACACGUGCCUGGGUGUGAACACUGUGAAAACGUGCCUCGGUGUGAACACAUGCCUUGGUGUGAACACGUGCCUCGGUGUGAACACGUGCCUCGGUGUGAACACAUGCCUGGGUGAGAACACCUGCCUGGGUGUGAACACAUGCCUGGGUGUGAACACAUGUCUCGUUGUGAACACGUGCCUCGGUGUGAACACAUGCCUCGGUGUGAACACGUGCCUCGGUGAGAACAUCUGCCUCGGUGUGAAUACGUGCCUGGGUGUGAACACGUGCCUGGGUGUGAACACGUGCCUCGGUGUGAACACGUGCCUGGGUGUGAACACGUGCCUGGGUGUGAACACAUGCCUGGGUGUGAACACCUGCCUCGGUGUGAACACAUGCCUGGGUGUGAACACAUGCCUGGGUGUGAACACAUGUCUCGUUGUGAACACGUGCCUCGGUGUGAACACAUGCCUCGGUGUGAACACGUGCCUUAGUGUGAACACGUGCCUUAGUGUGAACACCUGCCUGGGUGUGAACACGUGCCUCGGUGAGAACAUCUGCCUCGGUGUGAAUACGUGCCUGGGUGUGAACACGUGCCUGGGUGUGAACACGUGCCUCGGUGUGAACACGUGCCUGGGUGUGAACACGUGCCUGGGUGUGAACACGUGCCUGGGUGUGAACACAUGCCUGGGUGUGAACACCUGCCUCGGUGUGAACACAUGCCUGGGUGUGAACACAUGCCUGGGUGUGAACACAUGUCUCGUUGUGAACACGUGCCUCGGUGUGAACACAUGCCUCGGUGUGAACACGUGCCUUAGUGUGAACACGUGCCUUAGUGUGAACACCUGCCUCGGUGAGAACAUCUGCCUCGGUGUGAAUACGUGCCUGGGUGUGAACACGUGCCUGGGUGUGAACACGUGCCUCGGUGUGAACACGUGCCUGGGUGUGAACCCGUGCCUCGAUGUGAACACGUGCCUGGGUGUGAACACAUGCCUGGGUGUGAACACGUGCCUCUGUGUGAACACGUUCCUGGGUGUGAACAUGUGCCUGGGUGUGAACAUGUGCCUUGGUGUGAACACAUGCCUCGGUGUGAACACGUGCCUCAGUGCGAACACCUGCCUGGCUGAGAACACGUGCCUCAGUAAGAACAUCUGCCUCGGUGUGAACACAUUCCUGGGUGUGAACAAAUGCCUCGGUGUGAACACAUGCCUCUGUGUGAACACGUGCCUGGGUGUGAACACGUGCCUGGGUGUGAACACGUGCCUUGGUGUGAACACGUGCCUGGGUGUGAACACGUGCCUGGCUGAGAACACGUGCCUCAGUAAGAACAUCUGCCUCGGUGUGAACACAUUCCUGGGUGUGAACCCAUACCUGGGUGUGAACAAAUGCCUCGGUGUGAACACAUGCCUCUGUGUGAACACGUUCCUGGGUGUGAACAUGUGCCUGGGUGUGAACAUGUGCCUUGGUGUGAACACAUGCCUCGGUGUGAACACGUGCCUCAGUGCGAACACCUGCCUGGCUGAGAACACGUGCCUCAGUAAGAACAUCUGCCUCGGUGUGAACACAUUCCUGGGUGUGAACAAAUGCCUCGGUGUGAACACAUGCCUCUGUGUGAACACGUGCCUGGGUGUGAACACGUGCCUUGGUGUGAACACGUGCCUGGGUGUGAACACGUGCCUGGCUGAGAACACGUGCCUCAGUAAGAACAUCUGCCUCGGUGUGAACACAUUCCUGGGUGUGAACCCAUACCUGGGUGUGAACAAAUGCCUCGGUGUGAACACAUGCCUCUGUGUGAACACGUGCCUCAGUGUGAACACGUGCCUGGGUGUGAACACGUGCCUGGGUGUGAACACAUGCCUUGGUGUGAACACGUGCCUGGGUGUGAACACGUGCCUGGGUGUGAACACGUGCCUGGGUGUGAACACGUGCCCCUGGGUGUGA